AUGGCUUUGUUGUCUCUGGGGCCAGUCGUUUCUCAUGUGCUCAUCUUAGUGGUGGCCAUGUCCAACAUCUGCAUCCUGUCCUACGACGCCGGCAUGAUCAACAACCUGAACGCGGUCCAGCCGUACUUUGAACACUUCAACCUCGACAGUGAUCUCAUCGGUCUCAACGUCGCCAUCAUCAGCGCCGGAUGCAUCUUUGGCUCUCCGGUAGUUGGCCCCGUUGUGGAUCGCUGGGGACGCAAGACCGGCCUUGGCAUGGGCUCAGUCUGCAUCAUCCUCGGAGUGGUGCUGCAGGCGUCGGCGGGCAAGGUCGCCCAGCUCAUCGCCGGUCGCUUCAUCAUCGGCUUCGCCACCAUCAUAAACGGCUCCAUCGCCCCCAUGUGGGUAAUGGAGCUAGCCUCGCCCAAGUACAGGUCCAUGCUCUCGAGCUCAGUCCUCGUCUCGGUGCCGUUUACCUCGUUUUUGGUCACUUGCAUCAUUCUGGGGAUAUAUGACAAGCAGUCAGACUGGGCAUGGAGGGGGAUCAUGCUGGGAGAGGCAGUGCCCUCUAUUCUCUCACUCUGUCUCUUGCCGUUUGUCGAGGAAAGCCCAAGAUGGCUCUUCUACAAGGGACGCGGCGAAGAAGCUACUAAUAUCCUCGCUCGCUUGCACGCAGACGGUGAUAUCGAGCAUCCAAUGAUCGUCGCUGAAAGCCAGGAGAUUCUUGGCGCCCUGGAGCAUGAGAAGGAGAACAACGGAGGCUGGAAGGACCUUGUAUCCCCUGGUAUGAUUGACUUUUCCCUUGCAGCUCGACGACAUCUGAUGAAGAGUGCAGCCCCCAACCUGAAGCGGUUCAGUAUUGCUGUCCUUAUGAACAUCUUCUACCAAAUCCUGGGAGGAAACAUGAUUCUCUACUUCUCAUCCUUCCUCAUUGCCAAGCUCGGAAUCGAAAGCAGGAGAACUGUAAUCCUUAUCAACAUUGGUCUGCUACUCUGGAAGGCCUUUUGCAGUGUUGGAGGCGUCUUCCUCAUCGACAGAAUUGGCGCUCGCAAGCCUCUUAUCGCCGGAACCUCUGCCACUGUGGCUCUGUUCGGCAUGCUUUCUGGUCUUUCGUACCUUUCGGAUGAACGUCCCAACGAAACAGGAUAUGCUAUUGGUGCCGUCGUUGUCGUUGGUCUGUUCCUCCUUGCGGUAUCCACCAGCUGGAUGAUUCUUGCCUAUACAUACCCCCCCGAAGUCCUCCGCUACUCCCAGCGAGCCAAGGGCGUGGUAGUCGCCCAAGCCAUCGGCUACGCCUUCAGCUUCCUGAACCUCUACACCGCCCCGCUCGCCCUCGAGAAGAUCGGCUGGAAGUACUACGCCAUCAACGGCAGCUGGAACUUUGGCAUCCUGAUCGUCGUGUACUGCCUUUUUGUGGAGACCAAGGGCAGGACGCUCGAGGAGAUAGACGAGCUCUUUGACGGCAUGGUCUACACGGGCGGCGUCAUCAUCGGGCACCGUGCUGCGCGGGCGCUAGAGGAGGAGGAGACGGGGGAUGCGGGAAGCAUUGCGAAGAGACGGCUUACAGCGACCUCGGCGAAUAAGGAGUAA